AUGGAGCAGCAGCCUCAGCAGCAACAGCAACAGCAACAACAAAAGCCGCAGCCCGGUGUCGCUGGACCUGCUGGGAGAAGGCUGCACAUUGCCCAUCGGAGAAGCCCUUCAGAGCUGACUCCGUUAAUGAGCAUGUUUGCCAAUCCUGGAAUGGAACAGUUGGCAAUCCAGCAGCAGAUUGAUCUCUUGCAGCAGCAGCAGCAGCAGAUUCAUGCGACUCAUCAGCAGUAUGUCAACAUGGGCAUGAUACCUCCGGGCCAACCUCUCGGCCCCAACGGCCCCUUUAAUCCUUUGCAGCCCAUGGCCAAUGCUUUCCAGUUUCCGAACCAAAUCGGACAGCAGAAUUUGACUCCACCCAACCAGUCACAUUCACAUCGCCGUAAUCAGUCGGCAAUGCCCAACAUGGGAAUGGGUCCUCCACCGGCACCUUCUUCUGGUGCCUCGGGAUCCAACUUUGGUAAUUUUGAGGCCGCUCCUUCACAGAACCGAGAGAAUACCGGUGGUAGGGGAGGACGUGGUGGCUCUGGCGGCGGACAUCAGCGACGGCACUCUCUGGCCCUAGCUGACGCUAAGAAGGCCGCCGAAAUUGCGCAACAAAAGCGAACCACCAGCGGCUUCCAGUUUCCGGCUCCAGCCGCGUCGGGAUCUGAGAAGCCAGAAGAUGAAAACAAGCCAAUAACGUCAUCGAAUCUGGACGUCCCUGCUGCUCAGGUCUCCAGCAGAGGUCGUGGUGGCCACGGCCGAAGCCAGAGCAUGGCUGUCAAUGGCAGGGGGGGCUCGGGCUUGCGCUCGAGCGCCUUUAACAGUGCUGGAGGCGAUGGUGAGUUCCGUCGAGGCGGCGGACAUGCGCGCACGGGGUCGCGCAACUUUGAGGGUAAUUGGCGCACUCAGGGACAGAAUCAGGAUUCUUCCGCCAACGUUGGCGGACAGAAUUCGUCCUUCCAGCCUGGCCAUAGAUCUCAUGGAUCCAUCAACCAGUCCGUCUCAUCCAUUGGCGCCUUCCAGUACACCCCCAAUCAGCCUCAGCUGCUGCAGCUGCCCGGUCAGAUGAUUAUGCCGCAAAUGUACGGGCAACAGCUCAACCAACUUCAGCUGAGCCAAUUGCAAGCCCUUCAGGCCGCCCAAAUGACUGGUCAGCCGUUUGCAGGCCUCCAGACGUCUCAACACGCUGGGCAGCUUGGUGGGCAGCAGCAGCAACAACAGCAACAGCAGCAGCAGCAGCAGCAGCAGCAACAACGAAAGACGUUGUUCACCCCUUACUUUCCCCAGGCGUCUCUUCCUGCACUUCUUAGCAAUGGUUCACUUGUUUCCGGUAUCCUUCGGGUUAACAAGAAGAACCGCAGCGAUGCCUAUGUGACCACGCCAGAUGGCCUCCUGGACGCUGACAUCUUCAUCUGUGGAAGCAAGGAUCGCAACCGUGCCCUGGAAGGUGACUUGGUGGCUAUUGAGCUCCUGGACGUUGAUGAGGUGUGGUCUCAGAAGCGAGAGAAGGAGGAAAAGAAGAAGCGCAAGGAUAUCAUAGACACUCGUUCCGGUUCCACCAACCAAGGAAGUCAAAACUCUGGCAACAACGAAGACAGCAAGCCUUCCGAAGGCGGUAUCCGACGGCGUGGAAGCUUGCGCCAGCGACCGACCCAAAAGAAGAAUGACGACGUGGAAGUCGAGGGUCAGAGUCUCUUGCUCGUGGAGGAAGAGGAGAUAAGUGAUGAGGCGAAACCACUGUACGCCGGUCACGUCGUGGCUGUGAUUGAGCGCGUCGCAGGACAAAUGUUUUCCGGUACCCUGGGCUUGCUGCGUCCCAGCAGUCAGGCUACCAAGGAGAAGCAGGAGGCAGAGCGCGCUGCCCGUGACGGUGGUAACAACCGUCAUAACGAUUCGCGUCAGCAGGAAAAGCCCAAGAUCGUCUGGUUCAAGCCGACAGACAAGCGCGUGCCGCUUAUCGCCAUCCCUACCGAACAAGCUCCACGAGACUUUGUCGACAAACACCAAGAGUACGCCGACCGCAUUUUUGUGGCCUGCAUCAAGCGGUGGCCUAUUACCUCGCUCCAUCCUUUCGGCACUCUGGUGGAGCAACUCGGCCGCAUGGGAGACCUCAAGGUGGAGACGGAUGCCCUGCUCCGCGACAACAACUUCUCCUCGGACGAGUUUUCCGACGCAGUUUUGCGCAACGUUGGGUUUGAGGACUGGUCGGUUGCCAAGGAGGAGGAGGCCGAGCCGUCGUCCCGUCGCGACUUUCGAGAGGAGACACUCUUUACGAUUGAUUUCAACGGCGGUUCUGAGCUGGGUAACGCCAUCCACGUCAAGACCCGCCCGGACGGCAAGAUUGAAGUAGGUAUCCACGUGCCGGACGUGACUCACUUUGUCAAGCCUAACUCGCUCGUCGACCGUGAAGCCAAGAAGCGUGGCACCUCUGUGCAACUCAUCAACCGCUUCUGCGCCUUGCUUCCACCCAAGCUGUCUGGCGAGUUGUGCUCACUGGGACCGGACCAGGAACGGUUCGCCAUCUCCAUUGUAUUCAGCGUGAACCCAAACAACGGAUCAGUUGCUGAGGGAGACAGCUGGGCUGGCAAGAGCAUCGUGAAGAGCUCUGGCAAGAUCGCAUUGAACGAAAUCGACCAGGCUCUGAAAAACUCGCAAGACUUGAAGAGCGAAAUCGUACCCGUCAAGAGUCUGCAGAUUCUUCAAGCGGUAGCUCAAAAGUUCCGCGAAGCACGCCUCGGUGCUGGAGGCGAACCCAUCGCCCCCCUGCGUUUGUUCCAGCAGCUGGAUGACGAGAACAACCCCGUGCAGCACAACAUUUUUGAUUCCACUGAAGCUCUCGAGCUAGUGGAAGAGCUCAUGCACAAGGCCAAUGCGUACGUCGCCCAGCGUCUAGCCGAAGGCCUACCGGAAAAGGCUUUGCUGCGUCGUCAGGCAUCGCCGAGCCCUCGUCGACUGCAGACGUUUGUUGAGCGCAUGAACGCCCUUGGUUAUGACACGGACGCCUCUGGAAGCGGGGCCCUCCAGAAUAGCUUGUUCAAGGUGGAUGAUGCGGACCUGCGAAAAGGUAUGGAGACGGUGGUGCUCAAGUCGAUGCACCGCGGCAAGUACUUCAUCACGGGCAAGACGCCUAAGCAACUCUGGCCUCACUACUGCCUCAACCUACCUCUGUACACGCACUUUACAAGCCCAACCCGUCGUUACGCGGACAUUAUCGUCCAUCGUCAAUUGACGGCGGUGCUCUCUGAAGGCAAGUGCGAGUUCACAGACGACCUGGAUAGUCUUGUCAAGACGGUGGAGUCUUGCAACACCAAGAAGGAAUCGGCUCAGAACGCACAGGAACAGAGCGUUCAUAUUGAAUCCUGCCGCACCAUGGACAAGAAACGACAGGAGGCCAAUGGAGAUCUCAUCGCCGAGGGCAUCGUCCUCUGUGUGUACGAGUCAGCCUUUGACGUGCUCAUUCCCGAAUGGGGCUUUGAGAAGCGGGUGCAUUGCGACCAGCUGCCGCUGAAGAAGGCGGAAUUCAGAAAAGAGAAGCGAGUUCUCGAACUUUACUGGGAGAAGGGUGUUCCCAGUUCUGCCUAUGUCCCAGAGGACGAGCGCCCCAAGGCCGCCGCUUCUCAGCGAAUGAACAAUGCCAUGGCAGCAGCUCGGCAGGCUGAGGAGGCCGAACGAGCCAAGAAGGAGCGUGAGGAAGCCGCGCGAAAGCAGACGGUCACGGGCACAAUCUCUACGGAUGAUGUCGACGCAUUGUUCGACGACGAUGACGAAGAUAACGCGUCCGACAUGACGGAAGCCAUGGCGGGGGCGUCCCUUGCCGAGCGCCCGACCCAGAGUGUGCCUGGAUCGCCUGCACGCCCUUCGCCCAAUGCCGGCAAGCUUCAUCGGGCACGGUCCGACUCGAAGGUGCCGGUGGCCGAGUCGGUGGAGGCUCGCUUGACCAACAAGGAGAAGUACUUGAAACUAUUCAAGCUGAGGGAAGAAGGUGGAGACUACAUUCAGGACGUGACGGAAAUGACUCGGGUACCCAUAAUCUUGAAGACGGACCUGAGCAAGAGCCCACCGUGUCUUACUAUCCGGUCCCUGAACCCAUAUGCCCUUUAA